UCAAGAUAGCAUGUGUCAAGGCAUAUUAUUUACUCGAUCCGGAGUUGUCUAUAGUAGAGAUAGCGGCACGCCAAGAGGCAUCCAAGCUUAAGCUCAAAUUCCAGUCUCGCAAUGGCAUUCGAAGGGAAGGUUGUUUUAAUUACCGGAGCAUCGUCAGGAAUUGGCGUCGGAACGGCAAUUUUAUUUGCUGAACAGGGGGCAAAAUUGGCCAUUACUGGACGCAAUGAAGAACGUCUCCGGGAGACUUUGGGUAAAUGCAAAUCCCCAAAAUCUGGACGCAGCAAUGCGAUAAUUGUGGCCGAUGUGACAAAGGAGGAUGAUGCCAAGAAGAUCAUUAAUAAUACCAUUGCGCACUUUGGUCAGUUGGAUGUUCUGGUGAAUAAUGCGGGAAUUUUGGAAGGUGGGUCCAUCGAAAACACAAGCUUGGAACAAUACGAUAGUAUUAUGAACACCAACGUGAGGUCCGUUUAUCACUUGACCAUGCUAGCUGUUCCGCAUCUUAUCAAGACCAAGGGCAAUAUCGUUAAUGUAUCCAGUGUGGCAGGAACUAGAUCUUUUCCGAAUAUCCUGGCAUAUGGCAUGUCCAAGAGCGCUGUGGACCAAUUCACCAAGUGCACAGCUCUUGAGUUGGCGCCUAAACAAGUUCGCGUAAAUGCCGUAAAUCCAGGUGUUAUCGUAACGGAUAUCCACAAGCGAGGCGGAAUGGACGAUAAGGCCUAUGAGGAAUUUCUUGAGCGCGGCAGGACCACUCAUGCGCUAGGACGUGUGGGGACAGUGGAUGAAGUGGCGGAAGGUAUUGUUUUCUUGGCCAGCGACCGAGCAUCCUUUAUCACUGGUGCCAACUUGCCAAUUUGUGGUGGGCGCCACAUUAUGUGCCCACGAUAGAUUUAUGUUCUCACCCAUAAAUUAUCCUUUGGGAUUAUCAUUGUGCAGAGAGUCUAUAGCGUUAGUGCGGAAAAUGACUACAGGAAUUUUAUACCACUGCAUUAUUUUGCUUACUAGAUGCUUUUCUAAAUAAUUUAAUGAUGCAAAUGUAUUGAUAUAAUGAAUUCUAAUAAAUAAAAUUGUCUAUUUUUGGAAAAA